GGCUCCCCGCGCCCUGCACCUCGGGCCCCGCCGCUUCCGCCCGCCCUGAGGCCGCUCAGGGAGCCGGGACGCGCUACCUGGGCUCUGCGCAGCCGGCUGGGGUCACGAGGAGGGUGUGGAUGGCAAGUGACUUCAUCCCUGCCCCGACAGAUGGAGAAACUAAGGCUCAGAGAGGCCGUCAGCCUCCUCCCCUUCCCUCCACGGCCGCUCCCAGCGGCUCAGUCCCACCCCCUCCGCCGAUGAGGCCAUGAGGCGCCGACUGGACCGGGGUCAGGUCACCCCUUUCUGCCCCACCCCCAAUCCGGAGGACUCCCUGCCGUCUGGGAGCCGAGGGAGCCCUGGGCCCAGGGUGCAGCUGGGGGCCUCUGCCAGGGACCCAACUCCUGACCCAGCCUCUGCUGGCUGCACCUCCUGCAGGGUCUCACAGAAUCAUGGACUGAGCCCACCCGGCCCCCACUGCACAGAUGGGGAAACUGAGGCCUGAGAGAGUGGAGUGGCUGGCCUCAAGCCACACAGAAAGGCCCCGCCUCUUCCAGAACCUCCUGCUCUUCCUGUGGGCCCUGCUGAACUGUGCUUUGGGGCUCAGUGCUCAGGGUCCGGGUGAGUGGACCCUGUGGGUGUCCUGGACCCGCUGCUCCAGCUCCUGUGGGCGGGGCGUAUCUGUGCGCAGCCGGCGGUGCCUGCGGCUUCCUGGGGAAGAGCCAUGCUGGGGAGACUCCCACGAGUACCGCCUCUGCCAGCUGCCAGACUGUCCCCCAGGGGCUGUGCCCUUCCGAGACCUACAGUGUGCCCUGUACAAUGGCCGUCCUGUCCUGGGCACACAGAAAACCUACCAGUGGGUGCCCUUCUAUGGGGCACCCAGCCAGUGUGACCUCAACUGCCUGGCGGAAGGGCACACCUUCUACCACAGCUUCGGCCGCGUCCUGGAUGGCACCGCCUGCAGCCCGGGUGCCCAUGGGGUCUGCGUGGCUGGCCGCUGCCUGAGCGCCGGCUGUGAUGGGUUGCUGGGCUCCGGCGCCCUCGAGGACCGCUGCGGCCGCUGCGGAGGCGCCAACGACUCGUGCCUAUUCGUGCAGCGCGUGUUUCGCGACGCCGGUGCCUUCGCUGGGUACUGGAACGUGACCCUGAUCCCCGAGGGCGCCAGACACAUCCGCGUGGCGCACCGGAGCCGCAACCACCUGGCACUGAUGGGGGGCGAUGGGCGCUACGUCCUCAACGGGGACUGGGCAGUCAGCCCGCCAGGGACCUACGAGGCGGCCGGCACGCAUGUGGUCUACACCCGCGACCCAGGGCCCGAGGAGACGUUGCGCGCAGCCGGCCCCACCUCCGACGACCUGCUCCUGCAGGUGCCACCUGGCCUCCAAGAGGGUCAGAGGGGGGCUGACGCUCCCCGAGACCCCAGCACACGUGGCGCACAGGUGUGGUCCGGAUGA